AUGGGCCGGGGGACCACGACAAAAGCGCCGCACAGCCCGGCUGGAACAGAGAGGAAAGGGGGAGCCACCACGAGACCCUGGAGUAAGACCAAGAUGGCUACCUUCGUGCAUCCAUUGUUGGUUAGCUUCUCCCUGGCCGUUCUGCUGGGUUUGACCUCUCUGGGUGGACUGAACUCUUGGCCGUCAGGUCAGGCUUCGGCCCAGGUCGCCACCGACAACCAGACGACAGAUUCGCCCAUCCCGGAGGCGGCGCUGGCAACCCCGACGCCAGACUCGGAGGAGAAAACAUCUCCCAGUAACGGUAACCGUUGCUGGGGUUACUACGAUGUCAUGGGCCAGUGGGACCCGCCCUUCAACUGUCACGUAGGUAUCUACCUGUUCUGCUGCGGCUCCUGCUUCUACCGCUUCUGCUGCCAGUUCAAAAUCCACAGUUUGGACCAGACGUCCUGCUCCAACUACGACACGCCCGUAUGGGCGAACACCGGGAAGCCGGCGGAACUCGUCACGGAGGUCCGAGAGGAACCGGACAAGGAUCGGACCCACAUGAUCGUGUAUAUUAUCUGUGGAGUGGUGGCCAUCAUGGUGUUGGUCGGGAUUUUCACCAAGCUCGGGCUGGAGAAGAGCCAGGGACGACAGGCGGACAUGACCAACUCCAGGACUCUGACAGAGCUGAUGAAGCAGCCGGAGGCCGGCCUGGUGGACGCUUCAGGGGUUCAUCAUCCGAUCGGGACCAACGGCAUCUCCGCCAGAUCACUGCGCUCCAACAACGAUCAUAACCAUUUGAACAACGCAGGCUUGUCUCCCCUGGGCCCGGCCAUGGCCUUGUCCCACCCUCACAACAACCUGGGAAUUGGCUUCAACAAGUACACCUCGCUCAAGGCCGUUGACACGACUGCAAGAGACUACUACAAGAGCUACCCGAUGAUGGAUUACACCCACCGCCAGUCCCCUCCCACGUUCCAGCCAAUCAACUUCCACCCCAAGGACAAGCCCUUCCUCCCGCCGCCCGACAUCCGAGCGCCACUGGCCAUCACGAUCAACGCCUCCCAGAUCCCCAAGCCCAAGAUCGCCAAGACCAACACCCACCCGCUCACCUCCAGCUCAGCCUUCAAAGCAUGGGACCCCAGUAAGAGCCACAUGCAGCACCCGGUGGCCACCCACAUGGGCCUCCAGGCGCAGCAACACCACCUCAUGCAGCAGCAGCACCACCAGCCGUUGCACCAGCAGAACAGCCGGCGCAUGGCCUACUCCAACAAAAGGCAGUUCAGCAUCGAGACGCUGCCCGAGCUCUUCUCGCAGCCGCUGGGCUACAGCCACUCGCCGCACGUGCACCCCAAGCACAAGGGACUGCCCACCAACAGCAAGACAGAGGUCACUGUCUGA